AUGACGUUUCUACUAAUCAGUAUAUUUCUGCUAUGUUUUGCACAGUACGGUUAUUCAUAUGACCAUCAAUUAACCGAUUUCGAUUUGUAUGGUCCUAUGCUAGUGGCUAAUAAAUAUCUGGUUGUUUCAGUUGUCAAUCGAACUUAUCCAUCAUUUGCUGUUUAUCGUCCGAACAGUUCCAAUGAAUUUUGUAUAUUCAAUAUCAGUAUCAAUGGUUUAAAUCAAACAUAUGUUAUGCAUAUCGCUAUUCCCAGUGGAGUGACGCCCGUACCAAAUAUAUUCACUUAUCAAGGUAUAGUAAUAGGAAAUGGAACUAAUGAAGCUUCAUUUGUUGUUCAAAUUACCAUUACUUCAAUGUCACCUUGUAGUUAUUCAUCGAAAUUCUAUAAAGUACGAAAUGAUACACCCAGUGACUAUUCCACACUUGGUAUUAAUUCAUUCGGUAGAGUGAGCGUUUAUCUAGAUGGACCCUCGACAUGUAUGUAUGACUUCAACACGAAUAUUGGCCGAUUUGUACAUGGACAACCAGGAUCCGUCAACUCCAGUUUCGUAUACUAUGCAAUGGAAAUCAGUGAUAAAGGCUGGGGUAUCGCGGCAGGCUCUUUACCUUAUAGUGGCUAUUAUAUUCCCACUUUAUUCUUAUUUACUUUGAACGGAUCGAUCAAUCCUGGAAUCAAUAACUACGCUGUACAAAGCAUUAUGAAAGUAUCUAUGGAAUUUCCCUGGCAAACGAAGAAAGCACGUCCUGUGAGCAAUACAACUGAUUAUGAACCUGUGUAUGGUAUGUCUCUAUCAAUUAACGAAAAUGGUGACGUCUUAUUCGGGGUGCAAUCGAUGAAUACAGUGUUUCAUUUAUAUGUCGAUCCGACAAAUAUGACAUCAAUAGUGUUUAAAGGCAGUCGAGCAGCAAGUACAACAACAGCAGGGAUUGGUUUUGGUAAAAGCGUCUCUUGGUUGGAUGAUACGACAGCUGUUAUCUUGGCAAAUGAUGUUUCUCUCGAUUACACUGAAUGGUAUGCAAGCAGAAUUGAAAUCUAUGAUUUAAGCGGCGGAAAACAACUGAAUAACACUCAAGAGGCGUAUUCGUCAUUUCCAACAGCUAUACAAUCGCGAUAUUCCUUGUUAACAAAUCGUAUUGUUGCAAUGGUUGCUUCCUAUGCUGGUUCCAUCAUUUUUGCCGACUCCGAUGGUUCAAUCUACAUAAUCUUGCCAUCGCCAACCGGUUAUUACUCUGCAACACAUAUUGGAAAUGUUCGUGGACAUGGUGUUUAUUUUUCUUCUCCAGCAAUUUGUCCAGCAGGGUAUAUUAAACAAGGUCCAGCACAAGGCAAGUAUCUUUUUGAUACCUGUCAGAUAUGUCCUGUAGGAACAUAUUACAAUCCUAAUACUAUUAACUCAAGCAAUACAUGUGUCGCAUGUAACGCUACGAAUACUUAUUGUUCAUUUGGAUCUGUUGCUGAUAUUCCAUUAGAUUAUACUAAAAGCAUCAGUCAAGCGAUUCCAUUCCCAAAAUCACCUGAUCUGACAGGAUUUGAAGAUAUUCUUUUAUUGAAUAUGUUCAAUACAGACUUUGAGACAAACUGUUUGGUAACAACACCAUUCUUUUGGACAUUGAUCAUAAUGGGAGUCGGUAUUGUUUUUCUCAUCACUAUGGGUAUAUUGACAUUAAGUGGUAAAUGUAAAAAUUUUCGAGCGAAAAUUGAAAUGAUUUUCACACAUUUCGAUAUCAUCAACGAUGGAGAGCGUUGGAUUGGUGGUGUAUUAUCAAUAACUAUUCUUGUUAUGAUCAUAUUCACUGGACUAUUCACCAGUUCAUUUCUAAAGCAGUAUCCUAAAGAAACGUCCGAAGCACCAGAUUUUACUUGCGAUGAAACAUUACGAAAUUCACAAUUCUCUUCGCGCAUGCAAUCAUUAGGUGCAGCGAUUCCUGCUGAUACCGCAACAAUCUUCAAUUUACUUUCGCAACAAUCAUUCGUUGCAACCGUUACAUUGUUGAAUACAGUGGUUAAUCUAACUGUUACUGUGGAGAAAACAAUUGGUACAAUAACCGAACAACUCCAACGAGAUUUAUACGUACCAACAGACGGAUGUAUAGUUAUCUCGUUUAAUUUAACAACAAAUAUGGCAACGAUUACUGUUAAUAUAACGGGUUCUACAGCGAUCGGUGGUGUUCGAAUUGGUCUAUAUGGUCCUGAGAUUGUUGAUAUUAACAAUAAGGUACAAGAACUCAAUUUUUCUUAUGCAUUUAUAAUACAAAAUCAAACUCUGUCACAAGAACCUUAUUUUGAGAUGGAUUUAAUUCAGGUAAUCAAUGAAACGAAAGGUUUAUCUACGGGUGCACCAUCGCAAUUCAGUGGCCUUUGGAUUCCAAAAUUUAGUAAAGAUGAUGAUCGAAACUUCCAAACGCUAGCUGAAUAUGAAAAAUACCAUGCCGAAUCACAAACAACGUUAACAAUCGAUCUUACUCAAUCGAUGUACUAUAUCUACAAUAUAGAACAGCCGAUUAUUAAAACGGCAAAUGUUGUUUUUAAGAAUAUUCUCUUUGUAUCAAUGUGCAUGGAAUUAUUUGGAUUUGGUUUUCUAUUUUUUAAACUAGCGAUUUCACCAUUGUGUCGAUUGGUUAGUCGACUCAUUUGUCAAAAGAACGAUGAAUCGAAGGAAGAAAAUAAUGAAGGUGAAAGUGAAAGCGAAAAGGAAGAAGAAGAAGAAGAUAGUGACGACGAAAGUGAUGGAAACGAAGAAGAUGUACACGAAAUACCGAAACAAAUCGAACUUCCACCAGAGAAAACAAAAUGGUACAAACCUAAUCCGAAAUAUUAA